AUGUCUGCUCCACAACAACCAACCAAAGCCUCGAGACGAUCAGGCAAGAAGCAGCGCGCAUCUGAACCCCAAGACGCCGCCAUACCCGUCUCUGCACCACAAACCAACAACACACCGCCCAAGGCAAACAAUCAUAACAAACCCAACCCCAAAGGUCAAUCGCGCAGACCCUCUCACGCCCAGAACAUGAGGAAUCAGGCCGAUGGCAGCUUGUCAGACCGCGGCAAACCCCACAAUCACUAUUCGGAUAAGGUCAAGGCGACUCCAGUCAAGCCGGCUGCCUACGCUGGCUCAACAUUUCAACAGUCGCCAGCAGCGUCUGCUUUGCCCAUGCCCAGCUUUUAUUCCAAAUCGCUCCCCUCAGCUGGAUUUGUUCCACUUCAGUCAUCCAAAGAACCCAGUCCUCCUACUCCGAGUUCGACUACACCACCCCAAGAUCCACAAACUCAACGCGAGUCCACUCCCUGCGACUUUCUCUUCGAUGCUGCCAGGAAGGCAAAGGCCACUCCGCGUGGUGAGAGCCCUGCGAACUUCGCAGGGAACCUCUCUGUGCCGAGUGGCAGUCCCGCUUCGAGGUCUCCAGGCCCGAGGGAAGGCGAUUCCAUGUUUCCUUUUGAAUUGGAUGGGGGCGCAGUUGCUGGAGAGGAUGGUUCUUCAUUUGCUACUCCCUACAAGGAUCGCAUGGCUGCACUGAGAUCAACAAGGUCGACCUCAGUAGGUGUCAAGAACAUGGAUGAGGAUGAACGAAAGGCCAAGACCGAGGCUCUGAAGAAACUCCUGAUGAAGUCCAACGGAAACGAGGGAAAUGCCAUGACCAGUUUCCAUCCCGAUCCCCAUAAUCCCUUCAACGCAAAAGCUCCAAUCCCGCAGGGCAACCAUUCAUUUCAGGGAAGUCAUUUGGGGCGUCCUAAUUCCAAUCCAUCUACACCUUUCUAUGUGCCAGAGCACAAGGACUAUCACCCCCAAUCUCCAUUUCCCCACAUUCCUUAUCAUUAUGCUUCUGGGCCAAUGCAAACUCCAAAUCGGCCUUCAUCUUCUGGCUUGCGGAAUGUCUAUGGCGCUCAGAGUGAACCAGAGUACGCUGAGUUGUCGUCUGAUUCCGCUGUUACGCCACCAAUAUCGACCGCACGAAAACAGUCACCUAGAUCAACGCGACAAUAUGGCGCCUUUGUUGGUCAACCUUACUCACCACAACCACAGGUAUCGAGCCACCGAAGCAAACCCAGUGCACAGCAAUUGGAGGAUGAUUUGAGACGAGUUUUGAAAUUGGAUCUUACUUCUCGAGGUUGA